AUUUCUCAGCUGGUCCCUCCUGCUUAGCCUGUCAUAAAAGCACUGACAUUCUGCAGCGCUCACAGACGCACAGCCCAGACCUUCUCUGAUCUCUCGGACCACUAAUUUGCCAUCAUGAGUUCUGAGAGAGCCUUAAAAGUUCGCUUGUUACAGCUAAAUUGUCAUUUUACAUGGCAGUUACUAGAGAAGGACUUUGAUGCUGAUGAGCUUGAAGACAGAUUGAACAAUCAGCUGGAAUAUUUGGUCUCUGAGAAUAAAUACAUGGUAUAUAAUAUGCUGGCCUUUGUAAAACAUACGCAAGACAGUUACACAGAAGCAAUUGCCAAUUUAGAACAAGCUGAGAAGCUUUGCUCAGAUGAAACAAACCGUAAACUUCUGGUGACCUAUGGCAACUUUGCAUGGGUAUAUUAUUACUCAAAAAACUAUGAGAAAUCUGAGAUAUAUCUUGACAAAGUGGAUCGAAUUUACCAAGAACUAAAAAAAUUAUCAGAGGAAGAUCUUGAAGUGCAUGAAAUAUAUGGUGAAAAGGGUUGGUCCUUGUUAAAAGUAAGUGGAAAAUACUAUGGAAAAGCCAAGGAGUGUUUUGAGAAAGCACUUGAAGCAGAUCCAGAUAAUCCUGAGUGGAACAGUGGUUAUGCCACGGCAGUUUACCGUUUAGAAGGUUUCACGCUAACCUUUGACCCAAGCAAAUGCAAAUCAUUAGAACUGUUGAAACGGGCGGUAGAACUCAAUCCAAAAGAUUCGGUGGUGAAAACACUUCUCGGCUUGAAGCUGCAGGACCUGAAAAGAGCAGAUGAAGGACUUAAAUAUAUCGAAGAAGCUUUAAGGCAAACACCAGACCUUCCAUAUAUGCUUCGCUAUGUUGCAAAAUUUUACAGGCGAGCCGGAAUGACCGAUAAAGCUCUUACUGUUCUCACAAGAGCGGUGGCUUUAUUGCCUUCUUCUGGAUUUCUUCAUCAUCAGAUAGGACUGUGUUACAGAAGAAAAAUGAUAGAUGCAAAAAAACUAGCAAAGCAUGACAGCAGAAACAGAAGUGCCCACACAAAAGAAAUUAAGGACUGCAUUAAGAAAGCCCUAUUUCACUUUGAAAUGGUAGUGGAAUUGAAAAAACAAUUUGUGUAUGCAUAUAUUGAUUUAGCAAAUAUGUUUAAGGAGGCAAAUGAAUACAAAAAAUCAGAGGAGACAUUUAAAAAGGCGUUGACCCUGGCCAAUCUUUCAGAAGAUGACAAGCAGAGGAUUCAUUACUAUUAUGGCAUGUUUGAAGAAUAUGGUAGAAAGUGUGAAAGUGAAGCUGUGAAACAUUACAAAGAAGCUCUCCUAACAGCAGGCACUAGCGAGAAUAGACAAGGUUGUGAGCAGUGUUUAAAACGAAUAGCUAACAGGAGGCUCGAUGGAGACCCCAAGGAUGCUUUUGGAUAUGGUUUGCUUGGGUUUGUCUAUAAGAUACAACAAAAUCCAGUUGAUGCAAUAGAAUGUUAUGAAAAAGCUCUAAACCUGGACCCUUCCAAUGAUGAAUUUCUGAGUUCUCUUUGUGAAUUAAAGCUAAAUAUUUAAAUGAAAAGAUGAAUUACAUGACGCUAAGGACUCUUACCAUUUUAAUGUUUUGAUAUAAGAAUAAGUUAUGAUGCAGUUCCAUUAAAAAAAAACAAAACACCAGAGGUUCUUGUUGGCUAACCCUGCAAUGUACAUUAUUUAAACAAUUUUGUUGCAGUAAUGCUGGAUGGAGCAGAAUUCUACCCUAUGAUUAAAGGUGCAGUUCCACCUACACAAACAUUAUUUAAUUACAUUUGAAUAGGAUCUCA